UGCGCCACUCCGGCAGGGGACGGGUGGGGACGAGGAUGCGCGCGGCGAGAGGAGGCUUCCACAAGCCCAGAGACGGACCCUCGUGGAACCAGGAAGGAUUUUCUCUCCUCCGCGCCGCCGUGAGCGAAGGCGCGCCACGCCAGGUGAGGACCUGGCCCCUGCGGACCACGAAGGGACAGGUGCGCGUCCCGGCGUAGCCGCAGCUUCCGGCGGCCGCCGCCGCCUCUCCGCCUCACGGGCUCCGGCGCCGGCGUCUCCCGAGGACCACCCGUCCUUUUUCCUCUUGGGUCCUUGGACGCGGGCCGCCCCGCAGCAAAACCCUGGGAUCUUCAAUGGCAGGAGAAACAGUGAUCAGAAGACCGAGAUGAAUUUUAACACUAUUCUGGAAGAGAUUCUUAUUAAAAGGUCACAGCAGAAAAAGAAGACAUCACCCUUAAACUACAAAGAGAGACUUUUUGUGCUAACGAAGUCCAUGUUAACCUACUAUGAGGGUCGGGCAGAGAAAAAGUACAGAAAGGGAUUUAUUGAUGUGUCAAAAAUCAGAUGUGUGGAAAUAGUGAAGAAUGAUGAUGGUGCCAUUCCCUGUCAAAAUAAAUAUCCAUUUCAGGUUGUGCACGAUGCUAACACACUUUACAUUUUUGCACCUAGUGCACAAAGCAGGGACCGGUGGGUGAAGAAGUUAAAAGAAGAAAUAAAGAACAACAAUAAUAUUAUGAUUAAAUAUCAUCCUAAAUUUUGGGCAGACGGAAGUUAUCAGUGUUGCAGACAAACUGAAAAACUAGCACCUGGAUGUGAAAGAUAUAAUCUGUUUGAGAGUAGUAUAAGAAAAGCACUACCUCGAGCACCAGCACCAGAAAUAAAGAAGAUUCUGAAACCCAUGAGAGGUCCAGUAGCAUCAAUAUCAUCGAACUCAUGGUGUGGGUUCACCAGAUUAUCUAAGCGAAGGCCUCCCCCACCAAUUCCACCUGAAGAAGAAGAUAAUAGUGAAGAAAUAGUUGUAGCCAUGUAUGACUUCCAAGCGACAGAAGCACAUGAUCUCAGAUUAGAGAGAGGCCAGGAGUAUAUCAUAUUGGAAAAGAAUGAUGUUCAUUGGUGGAGAGCAAGAGAUAAAUAUGGGAGUGAAGGAUAUAUUCCAAGUAAUUACGUGACAGGAAAGAAAUCAAACAACUUAGAUCAAUAUGAAUGGUAUUGCAGAAAUACUAAUAGAAGCAAAGCAGAGCAACUCCUUAGAAGUGAAGAUAAAGAAGGUGGUUUUAUGGUAAGAGAUUCCAGUCAACCAGGCAUGUACACAGUCUCCCUUUAUACAAAGUUUGGAGGAGAAGGCUCAUCAGGUUUCAGGCAUUAUCAUAUAAAGGAAACAAUGACAUCUCCAAAGAAGUAUUAUCUGGCAGAAAAACAUGCUUUUGGUUCAAUUCCUGAGAUUAUUGAAUAUCAUAAGCACAAUGCAGCAGGACUUGUCACAAGGCUGCGGUACCCAGUUAGCACAAAGGGGAAGAAUGCACCAACCACUGCAGGAUUCAGCUACGAAAAAUGGGAGAUUAACCCGUCAGAGCUGACCUUUAUGAGGGAGUUGGGGAGUGGACUCUUUGGAGUAGUAAGACUUGGCAAAUGGCGAGCUCAGUACAAAGUAGCCAUCAAAGCUAUUAGGGAAGGUGCCAUGUGUGAGGAAGAUUUUAUAGAAGAAGCUAAAGUAAUGAUGAAACUGACACACCCGAAGUUAGUACAGCUUUAUGGUGUAUGCACCCAGCAGAAACCCAUUUACAUCGUUACCGAGUUCAUGGAAAGGGGAUGCCUUCUGAAUUUCCUCCGACAGAGACAAGGCCAUUUUAAUAGAGAUGUGCUGCUGAGCAUGUGUCAAGAUGUGUGUGAAGGGAUGGAGUACCUGGAGAGAAACAGCUUCAUCCACAGAGACCUGGCUGCCAGAAAUUGUCUAGUAAAUGACGCAGGAAUUGUGAAAGUUUCUGAUUUUGGAAUGGCUAGGUAUGUUCUGGAUGAUCAGUACACGAGUUCUUCCGGUGCUAAAUUUCCCGUGAAGUGGUGUCCACCUGAAGUGUUUAAUUACAGCCGAUUUAGCAGCAAAUCAGAUAUCUGGUCAUUUGGUGUCUUAAUGUGGGAAAUAUUCACUGAAGGCAGAAUGCCCUUUGAGAAAAACACCAACUAUGAAGUGGUAACCAUGGUUACUCGCGGCCACCGACUCCAUCAGCCGAAGUUGGCGUCCAGAUAUGUAUACGAUGUGAUGCUGAGAUGUUGGCAGGAGAAACCAGAGGGAAGGCCUUCCUUUGAAGAUUUGCUGCGCACGAUAGAUGAACUAGUUGAAUGUACAGAAACUUUUGGAAGAUAAGUGCUGUGACCGGACGAUGUGAUGGCUUCCAGAUUCCAAAGCACGAGGAAGAAAUGGCACUUUGUGGCAAACUUUUAAUUUAUUUAGCACUUGGAUGUGUAGAUUGUUUUACUUAUAAAGGGGAAACACCGAAAACAUUUGCUUCUAGACCAGCCGUAGCUCUGUGACCGAAUCUUCUGGAUUAUGGAAAUGCUGCCUUAGACAUGAUGGUUAAAAGCACCCACUUUUAUUCAUUCCACAAGUACUGGAGUGCCCACUAUGUGCCAGGCACUGUGCCCAGGCCCCAGGGUCUGCCCAUUUUAGGGGUGCAUGUGGGGUCAUGUUAGCCGGUGCCAGUGGAAGGCCAGGGUAAUUGGGAGCGGGAAGGGUAUCCGAGCCACAUUCCAGCCACCCCUCUCUUCCCUGUGACUUCUACAGAAAUCUGGGCUGGGGCAUUGUCUAGAAUAUGGGUUCUGGAUGGAUCAGGAACCCACCUUGGAUAAGUACCCAUCUUUUGUUUUGAAACAUCUGUUUUCAGGACUGCCAUUAGUAGUACAUUAAAACGUAUUUGU